AUGGGGCUAGAAGGCUAUCUCCUGGGGAGCGAAGACUACUAUUCCCAUGAGCGCUGUACCUUCAUCGAGGCCCUGAAUGCCACCCGGUGUGCGCUGGACUUGCGAGAUGGGGAAGAAGUUGCAACUGGAUAUAAAAAUAUGUACUCAACAAACAUAUUUACUGAAAAGGCAACGGCCCUCAUAGCUAACCAUCCACCAGAGAAGCCUCUGUUCCUCUACCUCGCUCUUCAGUCUGUCCACGAGCCCCUUCAGGUUCCCGAGGAAUACUUGAAGCCCUACGACUUUAUCCAAAACAAGAACAGGCGUCACUAUGCGGGGAUGGUGACCCUGAUGGAUGAGGCGGUGGGAAAUGUCACUGCAGCCUUAAAAAGCCGUGGACUCUGGGACAACACGGUGUUCAUCUUCUCCACAGAUAACGGAGGGCAGACUUUGGCUGGGGGCAAUAACUGGCCCCUUCGAGGAAGAAAAUGGACGCUGUGGGAAGGUGGCAUCCGAGGCGUGGGCUUUGUGGCCAGCCCCUUGCUGAAACAGAAGGGCGUGCAGAGUCGGGCGCUCAUCCACAUUUCUGAUUGGCUGCCGACCCUGGUGAGGCUGGCAGGGGGCAAUACCAAUGGCACCAAGCCCCUGGAUGGCUUCGACAUGUGGAAGACCAUCAGUGAAGGAAGCCCAUCCCCCAGAGUGGAGUUGCUGCAUAACAUCGACCCAAACUUUGUUGACACCUCGCCAUGUCCUGGGCCCAGCAGGGCUCCAGCAAAGGAUGAUUCUUCUUUUCCAGAAUACUCAGCCUUCAACACAUCUUUCCAUGCUGCAAUCAGACACAGAAACUGGAAACUCCUGACAGGCUACCCAGGAUGUGGCUACUGGUUCCCACCACCUUCUCAAUCUAAUGUUUCUGAGAUACCUCCACCGGACCCACCCACCAAAACGCUCUGGCUCUUUGAUAUCGAUCAAGACCCUGAAGAAAGACAUGACCUGUCCAAGGAAUACCCCCAUAUCACCAAGCAGCUCCUCUCCCGGCUGCAGUUCUACCACAAGCACUCGGUGCCCGUGUACUACCCUGCACAGGACCCCCAUUGUGACCCAGCGGCCACUGGGGCAUGGGGCCCAUGGAUGUAGGCUUUCGGGCAUUUGGGGGGGCGGUGUUGGGGGGAGUGCAUUAGAAAAUCUUUUUCUUGCAAGUUGGAUUUCAGGCCUUCAUUCACGUGACUCCCUCUCCUUAGUAUUCCCAACCUGGGUUCACCUGACCCUUCACUUAUUCCUAAACCGUGUCAAGGUUUGAUGAACUCACGCCAGCCUGCUCUUGGCUAGGGUGUAUGUGCAGAGGAGACAGUGGCUGGGUUCAUCCUCGUUUUCUGGAGCUGUAGGAUAGCUGGGAACUCCACUUGAAACGGAAAGUUCUAACAUGGAAUCCCGGAGCCUGGAUGCGCUGCCCCCUGUUGUCUCACAAGUCAAGGAGGACUCCCUUCUGCCAGUGGCUGGGGCGACUCGCGUGGCUUGUAACAAGUGAAGGGAUGCGCCCACGGGGAGUGCUCUGCUGCCCGUGGUCUCCCUGCCUGUGAGAGAGCGUGUCCAGGCCUGCCCUGGGGAUAAACGCUCCCCAUGCUCCUGAGUCUCGGCCCCUGCCGCCAUCGUUCAGAAGGCCCAUUGCAUUGUUAGAAUCCGCAUGGAAAAGCUUGUGCCCCAGUAUUAAUUUUUACAAUAAAUAAGUGUUUGUGUCA